AUGGUUCGAGGUAUUAAAUUAGUGGACAGUCAGACUGGAUCAUCUAGAGGCAAAAGCAAUCAUCCUAUUGAUCGUGAUGACCCAAUUGAUGACAAUGGCAUAGGGGAUGGGGUAGCAUUAGACUCAGAUGAGUACCAACCUGAAUCUGAAUGUAGUGAAUAUGAAGAUUUGGUUGAUAGUGAUUAUGAAAGUGAGUAUGAUGACAUGUUUUAUGAGAAUUGUGUUGAUCAUGAAGCUAAAUGGAAUUGUUUGAAAAGUAACAGGCAAAAAACAAUGGCAACAGACAUAAGGCAUGGCUUAGACCUGAGUGAUUCAUAUGAUGAGUCUGAGGGCAUUGUAAGUUGUUGUAGUUCAUCUGAUUGA